AAUGGUUUUCCUUUGAGUUGCUUCUCCUCUGUAAGAUGACAGCCUAAACAACCAGCCUGGAAAGAGCUAUAGAGAGAAGAAAUUUGCAGAAAGUACCACUCCAAAAGUCUCUGCCUUUUCUCUUUUUUUUUUUCUUUCUUUCUUUGAUCUCUCUCUAGGGUUUGAUUGAUUCCUGUUCGUCCCAAAACAGACAUUCUUGAAAUUGGGUUUCUCGCCAUGUGAAUCCAAACCUCAAAGCUUCAACAUUUUUUUUUUCUUAUCUCUCAAUCAAAUCCCCAUUCUCGUCUGUAUCUCCAGCUUCUUCAAGGGCAAUCUCCAAAACAGCUCUUCUUCCCUUCCAAUUUUCAAACCAAAACACAAAAACUUUGAUUCUUUGGUUCUGGGUUUUCUUCGUAUAUCGAUUUGGGUUAUUGGGUUCUUACUAAAAAUCCAAGAUUUACAAAAUGGUGUUCACAAAUUGGUGUUCACUUCUUCUUCUUCUUCUGUUCCUCUCUUGUUACACUUCAUCUGCCUUGUUCAAUCCGCCAGAUAAUUACUUGGUUGCUUGUGGCUCAUCACAAAACAUAACUUUCCAAGGCAGAACCUUUGUUCCAGAUUCUCUCCACUCUUCUCUCGUACUCAAAAUCGGAAACUCAUCCGUAGCAACCAGCUCCAAUUCGAGCACUCCCUCGAUCUACCAAACCGCUCGUGUUUUCUCCGGUUUAGCUUCAUACAGAUUCAAAAUCACCGCAUUGGGUCGACAUUGGAUCCGUCUCCAUUUCUCUCCGGUGAAAAACUCGACCUGGAACUUGAACUCUGCAUCAAUCACAGUCGCCACAGACGACUUCGUGCUCUUGAACAGCUUCUCCUUCAAGAACCACAACGGGUCUUACCUCUUCAAGGAGUACACAGUCAAUGUCACUUCAGAUUUCUUAACCAUAACUUUCAUCCCUUCAAACAACUCGGUGGUGUUUGUCAACGCGAUUGAAGUUAUCUCUGUCCCUGAUAACCUUAUCCCCGAUCAAGCUCUGGCUCUAAACCCUUCGUCUCCAUUCACUGGUCUCUCUCAGCUCGCGUUUGAAACCGUCUACAGAUUGAACAUGGGAGGACCACUGUUGACUUCUGAGAACGACACUCUAGGGAGAAGAUGGGACAACGAUGCAGAGUAUCUCCAUGUGAAUAGCUCUGUUCUUGUCGUAACAGCGAAUCCUUCCUCGAUCAAGUACUCUGCUUCCGUGACGCAAGAUACAGCUCCUAACAUGGUUUACGCAACCGCUGAUACAAUGGGUGAAGCGAAUGUAGCGAGCCCGAGUUUUAACGUCACUUGGGUUCUUCCUGUAGAUCCAGAUUUCAGGUACUUUGUUCGUGUUCAUUUCUGCGAUGUCUUGAGCCAAGCUUUGAACACGCUUGUCUUCAAUCUCUAUGUGAAUGAUGAUCUUGCUCUAGGAAGUCUUGAUCUCUCCACGUUGACUAAUGGUCUUAAAGUCCCUUACUUUAAGGAUUUCAUCUCCAAUGGCUCCGUUGAAUCUUCCGGUGUGUUAACCGUUAGCGUCGGGCCAGAUUCGCAAGCUGAUAUCACGAACGCGACUAUGAAUGGGUUAGAGGUUUUAAAGAUUAGUAACGAAGCUAAGAGCUUAAGCGGUGUUUCUUCGGUUAAGUCUCUUGUCCCUGGAGGAUCAGACUCCGAGAGGAAGAAGAAGAAAGCGGUUAUCAUCGGUUCUGCGGUUGGUUCGGUUACCUUGGUUCUGCUAAUCGCGGUUUGUUGCUAUUGCUGUUUAGCUGCUUCGAGGAAGAAGAAGAGAUCGACGAGUCCUCAAGAAGGAGGUAAUGGAGGACAUCCAUGGCUGCCUUUGCCUUUGUAUGGACUCUCUCAGACUCUUACCAAAUCAACCGCUUCUCACAAGAGCAACACGGCUAGUUGCAUCUCUUUAGCCUCCACGCAUCUUGGUCGUUGCUUUAUGUUCCAAGAAAUCAUGGACGCUACAAACAAAUUCGACGAGAGCUCGUUGCUCGGUGUAGGCGGAUUCGGUCGUGUUUACAAAGGGACUUUAGAAGAUGGAACCAAUGUCGCGGUCAAGAGAGGAAACCCGAGAUCAGAACAAGGUAUGGCUGAGUUCAGAACAGAGAUCGAAAUGCUGUCAAAACUCAGACAUAGACAUCUCGUCUCGCUGAUCGGUUACUGCGACGAGAGGUCGGAGAUGAUUCUUGUUUACGAGUACAUGGCGAAUGGACCGUUGAGGAGUCAUCUCUACGGAGCUGAUCUUCCACCAUUGUCGUGGAAACAAAGACUCGAGAUUUGCAUCGGAGCAGCGAGAGGGUUACAUUACCUACACACCGGCGCGUCGCAGAGCAUCAUACACAGAGACGUGAAAACCACGAACAUCUUGUUAGACGAGAAUCUUGUAGCGAAAGUCGCCGACUUUGGACUGUCCAAAACCGGACCUUCUCUCGACCAAACCCAUGUGAGCACGGCGGUUAAAGGAAGCUUCGGUUAUCUCGACCCGGAGUACUUCAGGAGACAGCAGCUAACGGAGAAAUCCGAUGUUUACUCCUUCGGUGUUGUUCUAAUGGAAGUGCUCUGUUGUAGACCGGCUUUAAACCCGGUUUUGCCUAGAGAGCAAGUGAACAUAGCGGAGUGGGCAAUGGCUUGGCAGAAAAAGGGCUUGCUUGAUCAGAUCAUGGACAGUAACUUAACCGGGAAAGUGAAUCCGGCGUCGUUGAAGAAGUUCGGUGAAACGGCGGAGAAAUGUUUGGCGGAGUACGGCGUUGAUCGGCCGUCGAUGGGAGAUGUGUUGUGGAACUUGGAGUAUGCUUUGCAGCUUGAGGAAACUUCGUCGGCUUUGUUGGAGCCUGAUGAUAAUAGCACGAACCAUAUCCCUGGGAUUCCAAUGGCGCCAAUGGAGCCGUUUGAUAACAGUAUGAGUAUAAUUGAUAGAGGAGGAGGAAACUCCGGGACUGGGACUGAUGAUGAUGCGGAGGAUGCGACUACGAGUGCUGUGUUUUCGCAGCUUGUUCAUCCUCGUGGAAGGUAGAAGAAGAAGAAGAAGAAGAUGCAGAGACAGACAUUGUUUGUUUUGAAAUUUUACAGAGAGAAGAGAUAUGUAAAGACUGUUUUUGGGUUGGAUCCAAAAUUAUUCAUUCAGAUGAUUUAUUUCGAAUUAUUUAAACCGGUGUAUUUGUUUUGUAAUAUAGUGAGUUCUUAAAGCAAAUCAAGAAUCAGAAUGUGAUGAUAUAUUUUAACAGA